UCAAGUGGAUGAGGGAAAUUCUGUUAUGGCCAUAGACUUGCUGCAAGCAGUUCGAAAUCUUAGCAAUAUAUGGAAUGUCUGUGUUAAACCAGAAACAAUUGCCAACUGUUUUAAAAAGGCUGGAUUUUCAAAAGAUGCUAUUCAGAUUCCAUUUGAGCAUUGGGAUGAAGAGGACCUUCUUUCAAAAUCGGAUUUGGCUGCUUUACAGUCUUCAUUUAAAAAAGUAGCAAAUAUAGAAGCAUCGUUUGAUGACUACGUAAAUGUUGAUAAUGGUGUGCAGACUUGGGACAACCCAUCCGAAGAAGAUAUUCUCAACAGCAUUUUUGAAAGUCGCGGAGUUCCAGCUGAACCUGAUAACGAUGAACACGAUUUGACCGUUGAAGAAUUGGCAGAAACUGAGGAGGCAUUACCUACGUUGAUACAAGCUGCUUCAUCCAUUAGCGUUAUUAGAACCUUUGUGGAAAUCAGGAGUGACGUGCCGAUUAAUGUUUUCAACUCUCUACAUGAUUUGGAAGCUUUUAUUGAAAAUGAAAAAUGGAAGACUGUAAUUCAAACCAAACUCACUGAUUAUUUUAAAUAAAAUUACAUAAAAAAUCAAUGUUUCUUUAUAAUGAAGUUUCUAUAUAGUGAAGUGAUUUUCAGGUCCCGUGCGAGUUCACUAUAUGGAA